CACAAAUUUUUAUUUUUUUUUAAAUUCUUUGGGAUUCGCUGAAGAGCUCGAAGGAAUUACAAUGGCUAUUUCAGCAUCAAUAGCUGCUAUUCCUUCAUUCAGUUUCGAGCGCUCCACGACUUCCCUUUCUUCCAACCUUUCCUCUUCGACUUCGCUUCAGUUUUCCCUACGGCUUCGCCGACUUCGAGUGGGAAACUGGAGGGUUGUCGUUUCUCGUCCGAAGCGUCAAAUUCUUCCUAAGGUUGAAGCAAAGAAACAAUCAUUCUCAUCCUUUGAUGAUUUGCUGGCAAAUUCUGACAAACCUGUAUUGGUUGACUUCUAUGCAACCUGGUGUGGUCCUUGUCAAUUCAUGGCUCCUGUUCUUGAACAAGUCAGUGGGAUGUUGAAAGAUAAGAUCCAAAUUGUGAAAAUUGACACAGAGAAGUACCCAAGCAUUGCUGACAAAUACAGAAUUGAGGCACUGCCUACAUUUAUCAUAUUUAAGGAUGGGGAACCCUGUAAUCGCUUUGAAGGUGCAUUGACUGCAGAUCAGCUCGUCGAACGGAUUGAGACUGUACUGAAAGUUAAGCAAUAGUUCUCAAGGAUGUGAAUUUUGAAUACCAUGGUGCAGAAAUGUGCUGAGCUACAUUCCUUGGUUCCACCAGGUCAACCUUCAAUGAGGAACUGGCUUUUUAGCUGAACUGUGUCAUCUGUGCACAAUUAGUGCCAUUUUCAUAUUAUGCUUGCAGCUAAGCAGG